GGCCUACCGUCGCUCAAACACCCCUCAUCUCCCGUGCGGCUUGUGUAUAUAUACAUGCAUACAAUCAACGCCGCCUCUUUUUCUCAAUUGCAACGCCUCGCUAUCCCGUCGUCACCUAAAAGCGCGACAUCUGUUGUUGGCGCAAUCGAUAAGACGCACCCCCACAAUUAACUAGCUGCCUUUCCCGAUCCAUUCACCCCUACAGCGACCCAACACCCGUCCUCGAUCCAACUCCACCUCGUACGCACAAAUACUGUCCUCACACUUUCAGCCAGUACUCUUGUCUUUAAACUAAACGUCUCUGCAUUCUGAUACAUCAUCAUGGGCUUGUUUGGCAAGAAAAAGGACAAGGGUGCUGAGGCUGAAGACAGCAACCGCUCCGCCCUUUUCGGCAGCCGCAAGGGAAAAGAGAGCCCUGCAGCUCAAAACCCCUAUGCCGCCCCUCCAGCAAACGACCCCUAUGCCCAGCCGCCCCCCUCAUACUCUGGCGGCCAGGAUAGCUCUUUCCGACAAGAGAAGACGCCAGCAGUAACCGGACCAGGCCAGGCCUAUGGACAACGACCUGGUGGCUAUGGUGCUCAAGGAGGUAGCUACGGCGCUCAGUCAGGAUACGGAAACGACCAAUACGGAGGCGGUCCACCCCAGCGCCCUGGUGGUUACGGCGGACUCGGAAGAACUGCCUCAAACGACACCAUGGCCACAGACGCCGGUCGUAACGAGCUUUUCGGCAAUGCCCCCCAACGACAACAAGGACGCCCACAGCAAGAAUCAGGCGGUUAUGGACAGAGCGGUGCCUAUGGAGACAGCCAGAGCGGCGGAUACGGUGGUGGUGGUGCUGCUGCUGGGGGCUAUGGCUCUACCCCUGGCGGCUACGGCACCUACGAGGACCGCCAAUUGACGGCUGAAGAACAGGAAGAGGAAGAUAUUAAUGCCACGAAACAAGAGAUCAAGUUUAUCAAGCAGCAGGAUGUUUCUAGCACAAGAAACGCUCUGCGUCUGGCUGAACAGGCUUUGGAGACUGGUCGAGGAACUCUGUCCACCAUGGCAGCACAAGGAGAGCGCAUCCAUAACACCGAACGCAAUCUCGAUCUUGCCUCUAUCCAAAGUGACAGGGCCUCAGGACAGACUAAGGAGCUGGCCCGAAUCAACGCAAGCAUGUUCUCCGUCGUACCCAACCCCUUCACUGGUAACUCGAAACGCGAGAAGGAAAUGCAACGAGCCAUGGACCAGCACACCCGCGACCGCGAGACGCGCGAGGCAACAAACAAGGCUGCCUGGGAAUCAGCUGCACGUGCAAACCAAGUACAGCGCGGAAUCCAAGGUGGUGGUGCUGGAAUAGGAGGCAACAAGGCCUCGCUUGCCCAGCGAUCAAAGUACCAGAUGGAGCCCGACUCUGAAGACGACGAAAUGGAGAAUGAGAUUGAAAACAACUUGGAUCAACUACACACUGCAGCCAAGAGCUUGAACCAGCUGGGUCGCGCAAUGGGUACCGAGGCCGACAAGCAGAAUGAGCACAUUACUCGCAUUACAGGCAAGACGGACAAUGUCGAUGACAAGAUUGCAAGGAACAGGCUCAAGCUGGAUCGUAUCCAUUAAAUUUCUUGUUUCAAGCCUUGUCGAUUAUCUUCGAAAAAUCCAUAUCUUGGAUUGCAUAUGUUAGAUAGUGGAAACGAUUCUUCUCUUUUUCCUACUUUGGAACAGAAAAAAAAAGACAGAGGAAUGGUAGAUAUCAAUUGCAUCUUGGUGUUUGGUCCUGCCAUCAUUUUUUUCCCCAGUGUGCAAACUAACAUUCGUGCAAAAACAUUUCAUUCGGGCAUUUACUAGUCAUCAAUCUCAAGCGUCAUAAACUAAAAACGUCCGCAUCCAAAACUCCAUUUCCCUUCCCCUUUCCAAUCCUCUCUCUCUC